AUGGCGUUCUCAUUUGGCUUUUCUGGGGACGACAUAGACGCCUCCAACGAUGCCAAAGCCCUACAGGCCGCUGCCCCCACGACCACAGCGUCGCAAGCCGGCGCAUUCCCAGUCGCGGGUCAGCCUCAGCUGCCCGCCACACGCCAUGAUCUUUCCGAAAUGCUUGAUGCAAUGCCCUCAAAAAUUGCGUACAGCCUGCUGGACGUGACCCUUGACGACGCCAGUGUCGUGCGGCUGCCCCGUCGCGAACUCUGGGAUGUGCGAGUGCAGCUCAUGGCAGAGGAAGAGGAAAACGCGGAGCAUGCCGUCGGCGCAGAUAGCUCCGGUCUGGGUACCCAUGAUGUCAAGACGGGCGUAUAUGAAGGAGGGUUCAAGAGCUGGGAGAGCAGUGUAGACUUGGUCAAGGUGCUGGCUGCUCAGGGUAAAGUCUCUGCCGCCGAACAGCUACCUAUGAGAAUCAUAGAGCUUGGUUGCGGAACCGCUUUGCCCUCCGUUUCCCUCUUUCAAUGGACAAUAGAAGCCAACACACCGACCACAGCUGCGACGCGCCAAUCAACAUCCUUCAUCGUUGCCGAUUACAACCCUACCGUAUUGCAGCUCGUCACUCUACCCAAUUUCAUUCUCGCAUGGGCUCUUUCCGCUCGUGAGCAUACACCCGCCCUGCACAACGCCUUCUCCCUCGAAGACGAGCUUGAGCUGCUCCCCGGGGUCAUUGCAGCUUUCCAGUCCUAUCUCAUCGCCAGUCGCAUUUCUCUCACGUUCCUGUCUGGUGCCUGGUCCUCCGAUUUUGUUGAGCUCGUGUACACCGGUAUCCCCGGCGAUGUGACAGACCCGAGCGCGUCCGCCGCCACGCUGCUCCUCGGCGCAGAGACGAUUUACUCGCCGUUCGCGCUGCAGGCCUUUACGGAAGUCGCGUUCUCUAUACUGCAGCGAGAAGGCGCAAAACAUGACACGUCGCCGGCAGUAGCUCUGGUAGCGGCCAAAAAGUUGUACUUCGGCGUUGGAGGCUCCCUAGAUGACUUUGUCGACCAGGCCCGCGGUCGUGGAGGCGAUAUCACGACCUUACGAGAAGAAGCAGACGGCGUGCGACGCGGUGUGGUCAGGUGCAUUUUACAAUCAUAG